AUGCCGGAGCUUCGUAGCGGAGUUCGCCGUGGACGUGGCCGCGGGCAGAAAACGUCGGAGACAGCGAGGAAGGAGGUGAAGGCUCGUGCGGCGCCGAGGGGGAGACCGAGGACUAGAUUAGCGGCGAAGGAAUUGGAGCGACAGGAGCCGUUGAUCGCGAUUCCGGAGCCUGCAAAGGAAGAGAAGAAGGACGAGGGUGUGGCCGUGAAAAUGGUUGACGAAAGUGGUGGCUUGAGUGGCAAUAAGGCUGAGGAAGAUGCCAUCACUCCACCUUUUCCAGAUAAGGCAUGUGAUUGCGACUCUUGUUUUAUUUUUCUGGUAGAGAGGAAACUGGGUAAAGGAGGAUUCGGUCAGGUUUUUGUUGGCCGUCGUGAGCGUGCGACAGGUGCUGGGGCUGUGGAGGUGGCUUUGAAAUUUGAACAUACAAACAGUAAGGGCUGUAACUAUGGCCCUCCUUAUGAGUGGCAAGUAUACAACACACUUGGGGGUAGUUAUGGAAUUCCCAAAGUACAUUAUAAAGGAAGACAAGGAGAAUAUUAUAUAAUGGUUAUGGACAUACUUGGUCCAAGUUUGUGGGAUGUCUGGAAUUCCUCUAGCCAGAUGAUGUCUUCUGAAAUGGUCUCGUGUAUAGCGGUUGAGUCCUUAUCAAUACUUGAGAAGAUGCACUCAAAAGGUUAUGUACAUGGAGAUGUAAAACCAGAGAACUUUUUACUUGGUCAGCCAGCUACAGCACAAGAGAAGAAACUGUAUCUCAUUGACCUUGGAUUAGCAACAAAAUGGAGAGACACCUCCAGUGGACUGCAUGUUGACUAUGAUCAACGCCCUGAUAUGUUUAGAGGGACUGUUCGAUAUGCUAGUGUCCAUGCUCAUUUGGGGAGAACUGCCAGUAGAAGGGAUGAUCUUGAAUCUCUUGCAUACACUCUCGUCUUCCUACAUAAGGGUCGAUUACCAUGGCAAGGUUAUCAGGGUGAUAGCAAAUCCUUCCUUGUUUGCAAAAAGAAGAUGGGGACAUCUCCUGAGACGCUGUGCUGCAUGUGCCCUCCCCCUUUUAGGCAGUUUCUUGAGAUUGUAGUGAAUAUGAAAUUUGAUGAAGAACCUAAUUAUUCCAAGCUCAUAUCUUUGUUUGAUGGUAUGAUUGGACCCAAUCCAGCAUUGAGGCCUAUUAAUACUGAAGGUGCCCUAAAGGUUGGGCAAAAGCGGGGUAGAUUGAAUAUUGAAGAUGAUGACUCACAGCCAAAAAAGAAGGUUCGUUUAGGGCUUCCUGCUACACAAUGGAUUUCAAUUUACAAUGCAAGAACACCAAUGAAACAAAGGUAUCAUUACAACGUGUCUGAUGCAAGGUUAGAACAGCAUGUUGAGAAAGGGAUUGCAGAUGGCCUUCUCAUUAGUUGUGUAUCCUCUUGUGGCAAUCUUUGGGCCCUUAUUAUGGAUGCUGGAACUGGUUUUACUGCUCAAGUUUACAAGUUGUCAACGUUUUUCUUGCACAAGGAAUGGAUCAUGGAGCAGUGGGAUAACAGCUAUUACAUUACUUCUAUUGCAGGGACCAGUAAUGGCAGCUCUCUUGUGGUGAUGUCAACAGGUACGCAGUAUACUCAACAAUCUUACAAAGUAAGCGAAUCUUUCCCCUUCAAAUGGAUAAACAAGAAAUGGAGAGAAGGUUUUCAUGUCACGUCAAUGGCUACUGCUGGAAGUCGCUGGGGUGUUGUUAUGUCUCGGAAUUCUGAUUACCUUAAACAGUCGGUUGAACUUGAUUUUCUCUAUCCAAGUGAGGGUAUCCAUAAACGUUGGGAUAAAGGUUAUAGGAUUACAGCAACUGCAGCUACAUUGGAUCAAUGUGCUCUUAUAUUAAGCAUUCCGAAGCGCAGGCCUAGUGAUGAAACUCAGGAAACUCUACGUACAGCUCAAUUUCCCAGCACGCAUGUUAAGGAUAAAUGGUCAAAAAACCUCUACCUUUCCUGCUUGUGCUACGGGCGGACAGUAUGCUGA